AACAUAAUGAAUAUAUAGAUGAAUGCUUAUUACAUAUUUUCUUUAGUUUGUAUCAUAAAAAUAUGAAUUGCUAUAAUCAAAACAGAGAUAAAUAACAUAAAAUACAACUUUCGAUCAAUGGCUCCGCCCAUGUGAUCCACGUGGUGGAUCCAUGUGGCCUUGUUUGGACGCCAUAUUUAUUGUUUACGAUCGCUUUGACAUGUUGUGAAUAGGCGAACCUUGCCGAGCAAGAUAGGCGUGAAUCAGUUUUCUACAAAGUAGUACUCCUUUGUUUGUGAAAAUGAGCGAAGACGAAAGAGAUAUUGACAUUGAAAGUGAAGAGGAUGGCGACAUGGGAGAUCAAACUCAGGCCGAGAAACGAGCCCAUCAUAACGCCCUUGAGAGAAAACGGCGUGAUCAUAUUAAGGACAGCUUUAACAUGCUGCGAGAUGCUGUACCUAAUUUACAAGGUGAAAAGGCUUCUAGAGCCCAGAUUCUCAACAAGGCAACAGAAUACAUCCAGUUUAUGAGGAGGAAAAACAAUUCCCACCAAAAUGAUAUUGAUGACUUAAAGAAACAAAAUGAACUACUAGAUGGACAAGUUGCGUUGCUAGAGAAAGCUCAGAUCACAGGCGAUCUGGAUCCUAGUAGGCUCAUCAGUCCAGAAAGUAUUAGCAUGCUCGUGAAUUCUAAAUCCAGCAAGGACAGCGAGUCGGACUCGGAUUCUUCCGCUGAUGAUAGCCCACAGGUUCCGAGGAAGCGUUUAAAAGUUGUAAAUGAUACGAUCGACAGCCAUCUCCUGAUCCCUGAUUCGUCAGUUCCAGCGAGUGCUGUGUCCGUUACCAUAUCAACGUCAUGAAAUGAAGGAGGUAUAAAAAGCAGGUUACUUUUUAUACCUCCAUCUAUCUUCACAGAUAAUAUUUUAAAAAUUACAAAAAAAAACUAUAAACUUGAAAAAAGAAAAAAAAAAUUAAUAAAAUUGCUUUAGAAAACUAUAACAAAAAAAGGGGAAAAAAAAAGAUAAAAGAAAAUGAAUUUGUAUAUUAACUAAAAAAAUGCAGUGAUAAUGUGAGUAGUUUAUUGUGAAGUUGGCCAAGAGAGGGCGGUCUUGUUCGAAUAUCAAGCAGGUGUUCCUCUGUGCUGUCCCAUUAUGAUAUAUUUGAAAUGUUUUGUUGUUGGUAAAAAGGUCAUAACCCAUGUAAGGUUACCAGCAAGUUUCAUUAAAUGAUUAACAAAUAGUAUCUUACUAAAAACCUCGUUGGUAUUUGACAAGCUGUCAGUGUGAUCGUUCAAAUCAACAUGAGCUUUCCAAAUAUGAAUCACAUUUUUGUAGCGCACAUUUAUGCUUUCUCUUGGGGCACAUCACUGCCCCACCAUGACAAAAGGAAGUUACUGACAAUUUUUCAACGAGUUUUUUAGCCACUAUCAAAGAACUAAUAAUUUGGAACAUACAGUAUUGAUACAUUUGAGUGUGCUCAAAUCCCACUCAUUAACAAGUAAUUAGCAACACAAAAAGGAAGUAAGAGACUAAAAAUACAGCAAAAACCACCAGAAAAGGAAGCAGGGGACAAAUCAACAUGCCUCAUAUUCCUUAAUUACUCAAAGCAAUGCAAACAUCAGUUGCUUCUUUUUGCCAUGGUGGGGCAGAUCAGUAGCAUGCUACUUUUGUACAUCAAAGUUGUGAUUCUAUAGUUUGUGCAGUGUUCAUUUGUUUGGACCUCAUCUUUGCAGUUCUCACCUUAUCGGUAAUAUCCUAAUCAACGUGGGGCUGCGUGGUGGUUUAUCGUUUGUUACAGGGUCCCCAAGUCUUUCGGAAAUUGAGACGGAUUCAGUACUCCAGCAAGAAAUAAGAAAUCUCACUCAUGUUUUUACUACUAGGUUAAAAAUUUUCUCCCAAAGUCAACUGGUGAUGGGCAUGUGUUAAAAAGGCUUGUUUAACCAUAUCUCUCAGAAUUGUUUUCUUACAACUUAGGAGCCCUGUUGUUCAGACCUCUCAUCUGUUAAAUCCUAGUCGGUAAUGCCCGCCUAAGUAAUGGUUCUUAGGUCUGUGGCCCUCCACACUUGCUCAGCUCCAAUCAGACCAUAUUUUGUUAAAUUGAUGUAAAAUUUAUGAUUCAAAAUAUUUCAGUAAUUAAUGGUUUAAAACUUCUUUAUUUGAUAUUUUAUUGCUGGUUAUUUUUGGACAUUGGAUCUGACAGACUUUUUCUUGUUUGUUGCCCUGAAGUUUUAUAAUAUCAGACAAACAUCGGCCUUGACUUGGAAGUAUCCAAUAAUCCGCUAAUAAGUACAUAAUAUUCCUAAAGGAAAUAGAUACUUUUGUGAUUGACUUUGAAAUAAUACUCCUCAACUCCUUUUUCUUAAAACAUGCGAAGGAGCUAUUUAUCCCUUACAUUUUGACACAUACUAAAAAUAUAGAAAAAUGUGUUUAUUUGUUUCAACUUUUACCUUUAAUUCUAUCUGAUAUCCUGCACAAGAAUGUUCUAUUGAAGCCAACAUUGAGAGUAGAAACAAUAUUUUUGAUGGCUUAUGGUCAGUGUUGAUUUCAUGUCCUGGACAGUAGUCCAUACAAUUAUGUAGCAGUAUAAUAGUACUGUAGUUAACCAAGUCAAUCACGAUUAUUGAUAUUUGCACAGCAUUUAUCUGUAGCAUUUUUUUUUCACGCACUGCUUUAAGGAACUUGGGGCUUGUAUAUGUAAGGUUUAGUUUUGACAACUUUCGUUUGGCCCUCCUGUGUAUUUGUGUAUAAUAAUAUGUAUUAUUUAUUUAGAAAGGAAGAAUUUUAUUUGAUGUAUACCGGUAGACCUUUUGUUCGUGGGUUUAAAGUGCUUUGAUAUGAAUAUGAAAAUUUAACUUACUGUCUCUAUAUUCGUUGUUUGUUUCUUGACUGAUCUGGAUUUGUGUGUUCAUUUGUCUGCGAUGUAUGUUUUGUGUUGGAUCUUUGCCCUAUGUAAGAGUAUUGAAAUGGGGGUUCAUGGGGGCCCUAGGGAUUAUAGUAAAUAUAGGGGCAUGAACAAGUAAAUUAAGGUGAUGGUGAUUUUUAACGACUUGAGUGUAAUUCCUUACUUGAAAUUACGGGGGGGGGGGGGAGAACUUUGUGGUGGGGUAAACUACUACUUAGAUAUGCCACUGAUAAGAUCUAAAUUUACUGGGCAGCUUUAUUUUUGGGUUGGUUGCUGUUUUAUAUGAUAAAUAUAUUUGUUGUAAAUUGUAGCAAAUCAUUUGUAUAGAUAAACUCUAUGCAACCUGCUUAUGUUAUAUAUUCAUUCACAUAAUGUCAGAGGUUAAAAGAAAUAUUCAUAAACCCUUGAUGUUCUACAAACCUCAUGAAUUUAGCAGCAGUUUUCUUUACUUUUUAUACUGUUAAGUAUUAUAAUAGAUUUUAUUUUUAUUAUACUGUAGUUAUUUUUUAACAUAAAAUCAUCAAUUUCAUGCUUCAGCUGAGAGAUAAACAGUUGUUAUCCAAUGAGAUUACCUGAUUCUGAAACCAUUUAAACUGUAGAAACAUGUGACCAAAUCGUAAUCAAGAGUUUUUAUUUUCAACGCAUUUCUUGAGCAAUAAUUUAAGUUCAUCGACCUAGCAUUUUUACACUUAGCUUUUAUUUUAACAUGGAGUUAAUCACCAUGAAAACGUUCUCUUGUGAUUUUAUUUUUAUUGCAAGAUGCAUUUUUCAUCGGCAAUCAAAUAGAUGGGAAUUCAGAAUUUGAAUAUUUCAGUAAACAUUUACUGUUUUAAGAAUAGUCAUUUUACAGGUAUGUGCUUAGCACAUAAUUCUAUUCCUAUUUGUCUUCUCGGAAAUUCAGUUUACAAGGAGUUUUAAGAAAACAAUGUUUUAGCUUUAAUCAAAUUUAUGACUUGUACAUUUGGGAUGUCCCUGCCUCAUGUUUAACUCAAAUUGUUACAUUAAUUGUUAUCGUUUUUGUACAUUUUUAAUGUAUUGAGACAAAUAAAUGAAAUAAAAUGAAAUACAUUUAACAGUGACAGUGACUGCUGGAUAACAGCCAAUAACACAAUGGUGAGCUCAGGAUUUUAAAAUUUUAAUCGUAAAAAUGAAUCACACAUGAAGUACCACUUAAAGAAUAUCAGAUCUUUUAUGUAACCAUGUUUUUAUUUUGGGGAAGUACUUCUUAAAAAAAAAUUUAUAUACAAUCCGAUGGGGAUUGCUUGUAGUUUAAAGAGGGGAUGAUUUGUAUAGUUUAUUUGAGCUAUGUUAAUACUGCAUCAGUUGUUGUAAAUUAUAUUAUUUAUUAAUCAUUGGCAAAAGAACCAAUGAUUUCAAUAUAUAUUUUUGAUCAGCAGUCCUACUCGCAUGAAAAAUAUUUAAUUGUUUAAUUAAAUAACUAUUAGUAAUUAAUGAAAUUUAAUUGAUAUGAAGACAAGAUAUAUUGCACUAUGUGACAAUGUGUUGGUAGACAAUUGUUUAUUACCAUUCAUUCCCUUUUUUGACUCUUCCUUCAUUUUACCCAUAAUUCGCAUUUUAACCAUAUACUUGCAUUGUAUUAACUCUUAUUGUUUUUCUUAAAUAAUUUUUUCCCUCCAAAUCUAAAAUAUAUAACUAUGUAAUUAACUAGACCAUCAAGUAACUAUUUUUAUUUUACUAAAAUAAUAAUUAUGUUUUUAAAUGUUCAUUUGCUUCAUUUCAAUGCUAAUAAUAGUAUAUGCAUUUUUAAUUCAGUUUAAGUUUUAAACUAAAGUUUAUAAUAUAUAUAUAAUUACUUAAAAUGUCUAAGAGACAAUUCAUAAUAUACCAUUAUGUAUUAGCAGUGGUGUAACGGCUAUGAGCUUUCACGGGCUAAAGAUGGGCCCCAGGCCCUGCGUGGAUAUUUUUAUCAGCAUUUUUGCCACAUACAUUGUAGAGCCUUUUUCAUAAAGCACUACCAUGUAAAAUAAAACAUCAAAAUACUUCCUUAAAACAUCAAGUACGCCAAAGUGAGCAGGGGCUUUAGACCCCUUUCUUAUGCCACUGUGUAUUAAGUCUGUUUAAGUUUUUUUCAAUACUAAUGCGAGUUGCUGCACCAAAGAAAAAAAAAUUGGUAUGAUUUAUUUAUUUAGAUAUUAAUAUUUUACUGUUGAAACAGAGAUUCAUAAUUAGUUAAUAUUAACACUAUCUGUUACAUAAACAGUUUCAGUACUAUAGUCACAGAAUAUUGCAAGCUAUUGAAUCAAAAACACAUUUAUGCUUUACCUGACCAGGACCAAAUUUCUAUUCAUAAGGUUUAAAGUCCUCAACUCUCAAUUUGUUAAUCAAAUUAGCACUUCAUGCUCAAGUUAAGCAUGCUUGCUUUACGCUUAGGGUUUUAAUUUGCUGAGGAACUCGGCCAGCCUGCAGUUGGGCUGCAAGCCCAAUCUGUUUGUUCAUGUUAUCUAAAGAGGAAGUUCAGUCUUAAAGAAAAAAGUGAAUGAAAUAGAAAGAAAAUGUUAGUAGAAGUCAUGUUGUUAUACCUUGUAUUAGAUUGUUCAUAUGUUUUGAAGUUGUUAUUUUCUUAGUAUUGUGUAUCAUUAAAUUUCUCACCUGAAUCUGUUGUUCAAA